UCUCAGCAAGGUUAAUGAUUAAACUGUUGGGAUGAAAGGUCAGAAGACCCGCCUUUGUUGGAACAUCAGGACAUCAGAAUGGGAGAUAACACAUUGCUACUUGCCUUCCACCUUCUUUGAGGGAAAGAGUGAGUAAGAAACAACACAGUCAUACAGGAGUCUUCAUUCCAGAAGUGAUCCAGGAAUCAUGCUGGAGAAGUUCUGCAACUCUACUUUUUGGAAUUCCUCAUUCCUGGAUAGCCCAGAGGUGGACCUGCCACUUUGUUUUGAGCAAACUGUUCUGGUGUGGAUUCCCUUGGGCUUCCUCUGGCUCCUGGCCCCUUGGCAGCUACUCCAUGUAUAUAGCUCCAGGACCAAGAGAUCUUCUAUAACCAAACUCUACCUUGCUAAGCAGGUGAUUGUUGGGCUUCUUCUUAUUCUGGCAGCCAUAGAUCUGGCCCUGGCACUCACAGAAGACACGGUCCCUGCCGUUAGAUACACCAAUCCAAGCCUCCACCUGGCCACAUGGAUCCUGGUUCUGCUGGUCCAGCACAGCAGGCUCUGGUGUGUACAGAAGAACUCUUGGUUCCUGUCCCUGUUCUGGAUUCUCUCAAUAUUCUGUGGCACUUUUCAAUUUCAGACUCUGAUUCGGACACUCUUAAAGGGUGACAAUUCUAAUCUGGCCUACUCCUGCGUGUUCUUCAUCUGCUAUGCAUUCCAGAUCCUGGUCCUGGUCCUUUCAGCAUUUUCAGAAAAAAAUGACUCAUCAAAAAAUCCUUUAUCCACGGCUUCAUUUCUGAGUAGGAUCACCUUUAGCUGGUAUGACAGCGUUGUUCUGAAAGGCUACAAGAAACCUCUGACACUUGACGAUGUCUGGGAUGUUGAUGAAAAGAGUAAAACAAAGAUACUAGUCAGCAAGUUUGAAACACACAUGACAAGAGAGCUGCAGAAGGCAAGGCGGGCGUUCCAGAGAAGACAGCGAAAGAAAUCCCAGCGGAACUCUGGAGCCAGGCUGCAUGAGCUGAACAAGAACCAGAGUCAAAGCCAAGAUGUCCUUGUCCUGGAAGAAGCUAAAAAGAAAAAAAAGAAAUCGGGCACCACGGAAGACUUCCCCAAGUCCUGGCUGGUCAUGGCCCUCUUCAAAACUUUCUACGCCAUCCUCUUGAAAUCAUUCCUACUGAAGCUGGUGUAUGACAUCCUCACGUUUCUAAAUCCUCAGCUGCUGAAAUUGUUGAUCUCCUUUGCAAGUGACCGUAGCAUAUAUCUGUGGGCUGGAUAUAUCUAUUCAAUCCUCUUCUUCGCUGUGGCCCUCAUCCAGUCUUUCUGCCUUCAGUACUACUUUCAACUGUGCUUCGUGCUGGGCAUGAAAGUACGGACCACUGUCAUGGCUUCUUUGUAUAAGAAGGCGCUGACCCUAUCCAACCGGGCCAGGAAGCAGUACACCGUUGGAGAAACAGUGAACCUGAUGUCUGUGGAUGCCCAGAAGCUCAUGGAUGUGACCAGCUUCAUCCACCUGCUGUGGUCAAACCUUCUACAGAUUGUCUUAUCUGUCUACUUCCUAUGGGCAGAACUGGGACCCUCAGUCUUAGCAGGUGUUGGGGUGAUGGUGCUCCUAAUACCAGUAAAUGGAGUACUUGCCACCAAGAAUAGGGCUAUUCAGGUAAAAAAUAUGAAGAAUAAAGACAAACGUUUAAAGAUCAUGAAUGAGAUCCUCAGUGGGAUCAAGAUCCUGAAAUAUUUCACCUGGGAACCUUCGUUCAAAAACCAAGUCUAUGAUAUUCGGAAGAAAGAGCUAAAAAAUCUGCUGAUGUUCGGGCGUUUGCAGUCUGUGAUAAUAUUUCUCUUAUACUUAACUCCAGUCCUGGUGUCUGUGAUCACAUUUUCGGUUUAUGUCCUGGUGGACAGCAAUAAUAUUCUGGAUGCACAAAAGGCCUUCACCUCCAUCACACUCUUCAAUAUCCUGCGCUUUCCUAUGAGCAUGCUUCCCAUGUUAAUCUCCUCCAUGCUCCAGGCCAGUGUUUCCAUAGAACGGCUAGAGAAGUACUUGGGAGGAGAUGAGCUGGACACAUCUGCCAUUCGACAUGACUGCAGUUUUGACAAAGCUGUACAGUUUUCUGAGGCCUCCUUUACCUGGGACCACGAUUUGGAAGUCACAAUCCGAGACGUGAAUCUGGACAUUAUGCCAGGCCAGUUGGUGGCUAUAGUGGGCACUGUGGGCUCUGGGAAAUCCUCCUUGAUGUCAGCCAUGUUGGGAGAAAUGGAAAAUAUCCACGGGAACAUCACCAUCAAGGGCACUAUAGCCUACGUCCCACAGCAGUCUUGGAUUCAGAAUGGCACCAUAAAGGACAACAUCCUUUUUGGAGCAGAGCUGGAUGAAAAGAAAUACCAGCAAGUUCUGGAGGCCUGUGCCCUCCUCCCAGACUUGGAAGUGCUGCCUGGAGGAGACCUGGCUGAGAUUGGAGAGAAGGGUAUAAAUCUCAGUGGGGGUCAGAAGCAGCGGAUCAGCCUGGCCCGAGCUACCUAUCAAAAUACAGACAUCUAUAUUCUGGAUGACCCCCUAUCAGCCGUGGAUGCUCAUGUGGGAAAACAUAUUUUCAAUAAGGUCUUGGGUCCCAAUGGCUUGUUGAAAGGCAAGACUCGACUCUUGGUGACACACAGCAUUCACUUUCUUCCCCAAGUGGAUGAGAUUGUGGUUAUGGGGAAUGGCACCAUCUUAGAGAAGGGGUCCUACAGCACUCUGCUGGCCAAGAAAGGAUCGUUUGCUAAGAAUCUGAAGACAUUCAUGAAACAGAUGGGUCCUGAAGACGAGGCCACAGUCAAUGAGGACAGUGAAGAAGAAGAUGACUGUGGGUUGAUGCCCAGUGUGGAGGAAAUCCCUGAGGAUGUGGCCUCCUUGUCCAUGAAAAGAGAGAAUAGCUUUCAUCGAACACUUAGCCGCAGGUCCAACAGCAGGCGUCUGAAGUCCUUAAAAGACUCCUUGAAAACUCGGAAGGCAAAUAUCCUGAAUGAGGAGGAAGAAGUAGUCAAAGGACAAAAACUAAUUAAGAAGGAAUUUGUACAAACUGGAAAGGUGAAGUUCUCCAUCUACCUGAAAUACCUACAAGCAAUAGGGUGGCAUUCGAUGUUCUUCAUCAUCUUUGGGCUUGUGCUUUAUUCUGUGGCUUUUAUUGGAUCAAACCUCUGGCUCAGUGCUUGGACCAGAGACUCUACAAUGUUCAAUAGCACCAACUAUCCAGCCUCUCGGAGGGACCUGAGAGUUGGCGUCUAUGGAGCUCUGGGAUUAGCACAAGGUGUAUUCGUGCUCAUAUCAAAUCUCUGGAGUGUCCAUGGUUCCACCCAUGCAUCAAGCAUCCUUCACAAGCAAUUACUAAGCAAUAUCCUUCGAGCACCCAUGAGUUUUUUUGACACAACACCCACAGGUCGGAUUGUGAACAGGUUUGCUGGUGAUAUUUCCACAGUGGAUGAUACCCUUCCCAUGUCUUUGCGCAGCUGGCUUUUGUGCUUCCUGGGCAUAAUUAGCACCCUUGUCAUGAUCUGCCUGGCCACACCAGUCUUUGUUGUCAUCAUCAUUCCGCUUGGCAUCAUUUAUGUGUCUGUUCAGAUAUUUUACGUGGCCACUUCUCGCCAGCUGAGACGACUGGACUCUGUCACGAGGUCCCCAAUCUACUCUCACUUCAGUGAGACGGUAUCUGGUUUGUCUGUUAUCCGUGCCUUUGAGCACCAGCAGCGAUUUCUAAAACACAAUGAGAUGUCAAUUGACACCAACCAAAAAUGUGUCUUUUCCUGGAUCACCUCCAACAGGUGGCUUGCAGUUCGUCUGGAGCUGAUUGGGAACCUGAUCGUCUUCUUUUCAUCCUUGAUGAUGGUUAUUUAUAGAAAGACCCUAGAUGGGGACACUGUGGGUUUUGUUCUGUCCAAUUCACUCAAUAUCACACAAACCCUGAACUGGCUAGUGAGGAUGACGUCAGAAAUAGAGACCAACAUUGUGGCUGUUGAGCGAAUAAAUGAGUACAUAAAAGUAGAAAAUGAGGCGCCUUGGGUGACUGAUAAGAGGCCUCCAGAAGGCUGGCCCAGCAAAGGGGAGAUCCAGUUUAGCAACUACCAAGUACGGUAUCGGCCUGAACUGGAUCUGGUACUGAGAGGGAUCACUUGUGAAAUUAAGAGCGCAGAGAAGAUUGGUGUGGUGGGCAGGACAGGAGCUGGGAAAUCAUCCCUGACAAACAGCCUCUUCAGAAUUCUGGAGGCUGCAGGUGGCCAGAUCACCAUUGACGGAGUAGAUAUUGCUUCCAUUGGGCUCCACGACCUCCGGGAGAAACUGACCAUCAUCCCCCAGGAUCCCAUCCUGUUCUCUGGGAGCCUGAGGAUGAAUCUAGACCCUUUCAACAACUACUCAGAUGAGGAGAUUUGGAAGGCCUUGGAGCUGGCUCACCUCAAAUCCUUUGUGGCUGGCCUGCAACUUGGCUUGUCCCACGAAGUGACAGAGGGUGGUGACAACCUGAGCAUAGGGCAGAGGCAGCUGCUGUGCCUGGCCAGGGCUCUGCUUCGGAAAUCCAAGAUUCUGAUCAUGGAUGAGGCCACUGCUGCAGUGGAUCUAGAGACCGAUCAGCUCAUCCAGACGACCAUCCAAAAUGAGUUCUCUCACUGUACGACUAUCACCAUUGCCCACAGGCUGCACACCAUCAUGGACAGUGACAAGGUAAUUGUCCUAGACCAAGGAAAGAUUGUGGAGUACGGCAGCCCCGAAGAACUGCUGAAAAACCCUGGCCCCUUUUAUUUGAUGGCCCAAGAAGCUGGCAUUGAAUAUACAAACAGCAGCACAGCAUUCUGACAGCAAGUCCCACGGGGUAGAGAAGGGCUAUUAGGAUCAUUGCUUAUUUAAUUUUAUUUUUUGUGAAAUAUACAAAAGUAUGUGUAAAAUGUACGUUUUAAAGAAGGAUCACGAGUGCAUACCCAUGUCCUCACCUCUUGAGAUUUUUUAAAAAUGAGGAUUACUAGCUAUAUCAGAAACCUGAUGAUUUCACUUUGAUCAAACCUCCUUGCUACCUACCCACCCUGCUAGAGAGAACCACCACCCUGUAUUUUGUGAUAAAUUAUUCCUUUGCUUUUUGUUUUAAUUUUACCACUUUGUAUGUAUCCUUAAACUGUUAUUUAAACUCAUGCAGUGUGGCCUGACUCAUCCUGCGAGUAUUCUUCUAUGACUUGCUUCUUUUAUGCAGUAUUGUAGUUGGGAUUCAUCCACGCUGAUGCACGUAAGGAGGCCGGUUCACUCUUACUGCUCUGUGGUACAGCGGUGUGUGAAUACACCACAGUUAUCCAUUUUAUGUUGGUCAGCAGUAGGAUUAUUUCCAAGUCUUUUCUUUCUUUUUUUCCUGUUAUGAACAAUACUGCUAUGAACAUUCUGGUAUAUAACUCCUAAGAUAUUCAUGUAAGAAAGAGUUUCCUUAGGGUUUAACGUAGGAAUGGGGGGUAUGCAUGUGUUUAAAUGCAUAGAGUAGGUAAUACCAAUUUAAGACAUUUUUGUCAAUCUGAUAAGUAUGAUAAGAGAGGAGGAAAGAAGUAUACAGUACUUUCUAAGUAAAAUGAGCAUAAAAGAAUUUUAGGAAGAAAAAUUACUUAGGACUACUUUGGUUCUCACUGAAUUAAAAAAAUAGGCUAAUAUAGAGCUCCUUUCUUCAACUCUUAACAGUCAUGGACUUGGCUGACAUGUUGGUAAUCUCUUGAAUGGACAGUCAUCUUGGUCCUCGCUAUGACAGCCAUCAGGCUAUCCUGCCUGAUAGCUGCGGUCACUGAUUUCAGAUCCACUUGUCCUGUGGACGAUGGGCUCUGUCGAAGCAGCAGUCUUAUUUGCUGCUCAAGCCCAUGGCCACUUCUUCCUCACUGGGGAACAAAGAUGGUGGUGUCCAUCUGUAAAGACUUCUGGUUACACCUCUGAGCACAGAUGCCUCUCCUGGUACUUGGUACUAACAAACACCCUUGCCUGCUGGCUCCUUUGCAGGUUUGCAUCCAUCAGCAGGUAAACUGUGAACUGGCUUGUCAGGGUUUACAUUCUGGCAUCAUAAAGAUGCCUCCUAGUUCCAGAAAUAUCUACCAGGCUGAUACAUUUAUUAGUUCCAACCUGUAAACCAAUUCCACCUUGGCUAGCCUUUCAUUUUCCUCUAUCAAAACGGCUAAUUCUUCCCUGCAUACUUUGCUUCAACAUUAAUGUUGGACAGAAUCCUUUUGUUUUAGCAGGACCUAGAGUUAGGGGUAUGGUAUAAGGGCCAAAUCUGGCCUGCUGUUUUUCUAAAUAAAGUUUUAUUGAAACACAA